UUUUCUUUAUAUUAUAAGUUGCGUGCAUGGUCCAUGUAGUUCUUUUGUGGGCUCUGCAACUUCACCGCUAGACUAAAAUUGCUUGAUCUCAAUUCCUUGCCACCUAAGCAUCAACAGCCCGAUAUACUAGCACAUUACGCGUACUAGCUCCCUCAGAGACAACUGCUUCCCAAUACGACUUCCAAAACAGUAAGGGAAGCGAAUUUAUUUUUUAUCGUGGUCAAUACCCAUCAUGGGCUUUGGCUCAUGGCUACGCACCGCGUUGGGCCUCUCUCCUGAUCGCCCGGACAGAGCCCAACGAACGCGAACGCCAACGCGAACGCCAACUCCAACGCCAACUCCCGCUUCUCUACGGGCGUCCCAACGCGCCCGGCACGCUUUAAAACCACCUCGUCAAGCGCAAGCUCACAUGUCGCUCACGACGGAAACCAUUAACAGCCCGGCUUCAGGCCGGAGUCAACGGCGGCGCCCGCGUCGCUCAGAGGCUCACAUAGCGCGUCACCGUUCAGACCCAAUUAUGCCUGGGAUACAAGCCGCGUUCCCCCGGCCCAACACACCAAGGCCUUCAUUUGAGCCUCUUAAGAACACGGAGAGGCAACUCCGUGAUACAUCUCGGCCUCCAACGCGAAAAGACAGCACCAGAAAGCCGCGUCGGCCAAAAUCAGAGGGUUCAAUCACCACCCCCGUGGCGGCUGAGUACCGGCGGAUGGACCGCGCCGCCGUCCGCGAAGCCAUCACCCGGAUCGCAGAGUUGUUCGGCCAUAUUCCCUAUGUGGUCUGUGGCCCUGCUGCUAUGCUUUACUACGGCUUCGAGGGCCGUCCAACCUCACAUAUUAACCUUCUCUGUCCGGCUCACUCUCGAGAAGCCAUGAGAGGUUGGGCAAUAGCACAGGGCAUGUACCCCAUGCCCAACCGGCCAGACCACUUCGGACUGGUAACAUCUAAUGGAAUCAUUCGGCAAGUUCAUGUCGACUACAUGGAGGAAGGGUUCGAGGACGUGGACGCGAUCCGUUCCGGCAAGACGCGUGCUCUGGUGCUUUCGCUGGCGGGCCUGGCGGACCAGAUCGCCCAAGGAUAUGUCAAAGAGCUAGAGCAUUCCGCUGGUCGGGACCAAAAGGUCUUUGCGACUGACAUGUUCUGGGUUCUCGGGAAGAUUGCUUCCCUGUCCCGCAAGGAACACCAUCUCACUCCACGGCGAGCCCCUCAUAUCUGGCUCGACACAUUCUGGGUGCCCUUUACGCUGUCCUUUCCAGACUCGGUACCCUUGUUUGGCGCAGCGGGCAUCUUGGUUCAGGAGAUGGGCGAGCUUCCUUCUCAUGAGCCUAAUGAGACCGCAGCCGCCGCGGUGAAGAGGAAACGGAAAUCGACCCCGAGAGCUCUAGCACUCAGUCGAUCUCCGUCGAACGGCCGGUCUCCAUCGAAUGGCCGGUCUCCAUCGGAUAAACGUCGAUCUUCGUUGCAUGAUCGCUCUCCUUCGAGUGCUCGAACUCCGUUGAUUGAUCGAUCUCCAUCGAACCGUCGGUCUCCGCUGAUUGAGCGGUCUCCAUCGAACCGACGGUCUCCGUUGAUUGAUCGGCCUCCAUCGAAUGGUCGGUCUCCGUUGCAUAAUCGAUCUCCGUCGAAUGGCAGAUCUCCACUGAGUGGUCGGAAGGGGGAUGACGAAUACAUGGCGACGCUUUAGCCCAAAUAAAGAGGCGUUCGUUUUACACGGUUGAUGAUCAAUGUUUAAUAAGUAUGUGUGGAUAGAAGACAUGGAGAGAGCCAUGUUUGAUUCAACCUUACGAUACCCUUACGACUCAGUUCUUGUACCAUUAUCUCUCCAUUUCAACCCUGUUAUUACUUUAGAAGGACAAAUUUGAAUUGCACUCAAUACCACUCCAACUUAGCUG